AUGGAAAAAAAACGGGAGAAUUAUUAUUCUCGUCGGUCUUUUUUCUCGUUAAGUCUGUGCUCAAUAGUUGAACCCUUAACAAAAUUGAUAUUUGAAUCAUUUGAGUCAUCUAUAUUUCCUGCGCAUUGGAAGAAUGGCAUUGUUAAUCCAUUACAUAAAAGUGGAGAUAAACUAGAUCCAUCUAAUUAUCGUCCAAUAACAUUGCUUCAAGCCUUUUCUAAAAUUCCUGAACAUUUGGUGCAUAGACAAUUGUACUCUUAUCUGGUUAAAAAUAAACUUUUAUCAGUAUUUCAGUCUGGUUUUAUCGCAAAGGAUAGUACAACUAAUUUACUGCUUGAAGUUGUGUAUAAAAUUAAUAGUGGUUUAAAAGAAAACAAGUUUGUUCGAGCUGCGCUACUAGAUUUUCAGAAGGCUUUUGACAAUGUUAAUCAUGAAUAUUUGCUUUUUAAAUUGUAUCAAAAAGGAAUAAGAGGCAAAGCGCUAAAGUGGAUUAAAGAUUAUCUUUCGAAUCGAAGUAUACAAACUGUUCUUGAUGGACAUAACUCUAAUAAGAGAUAUGUAACUAAAGGUGUCCCACAAGGAUCAGUUAUAGGACCGUUAUUAUUUCUUGUUUAUAUUGAUGAUCUACCCAUUGGAAUUGAUAGUUCGAUUAAACUAUUUGCUAAUGAUGUGAUACUUUUUAACCAUCAUUCCAAUUCUGUAAUAUGUAGUAACAAUUUAAAUAAAGAUUUAGUUACAAUUCAGGACUGGUCUGAAAAGUGGUUCAUUUCUUUGAAUCCAAAAAAAUGUGAAUCUAUAACUUUUUCUACACGAUAUCAUCGUAAAACUGCUCUAACACUACCACCUCUUUUGCUGUAUGGUUUACCCAUACAAGAACGUGAUGAGGUUAAAUAUUUGGGAUUGAUACUUUCGUAUGAUCUUUCAUGGAAUUCUCAUGUUACUAGGAUUGUUUCUAAAGCUUCUUCGAUUGUUGGUCUUAUGAAAUUCCAUCAACGUUUACUAGUUAGGAAUACCUUUGAUAUUAUAUUUAAAUCAUGCGUUUUAUCCGUCUUAAAUAAUGCUGCUAUAAUUUAUUCAUUGACGACUGAUGCAAACUUGAAUAAAUUGGAAUCGAUGCAAUAUGAUGCUUCGCGGGUGGCAUUGGGAGCAAUGCGAGGGAGCUCGAAAGAAAAAUGUUUUGAAUUGCUUGGCUGGAUACCUCUUCGUUCUCAUUUUAAAAUUUUGCGUCUUUUGUUUUUUGCUAAAAUUAUAAAAGAUUUUUCCCCUAUCUAUAUAAUCGAGCAUUUGAAUUAUCGACCAUUUAAUUCGAACUGUUCUUUGCGGCGCAAUAGCAGAACAACUGUUGAAUCUACAAAUCCCAUGAUAAAAGAUUUCUUUUCUAAAGUUGCUUAUGAUUGGCAUGCGCUAGUUUUAGACCAACCUAAUUUUCCAACAUUAAAAGUUGGGAAAAUGAGAGAAGUAUUAAAAAAGGAAAUACUAGUUAGACCCAUGUUUCCUAAAUACUUAGUUUUUCUAAGCAGAAGCGCAGAAAUUUAUUAUAUGCGUAUUAAGGCAGGUUUUCCACCUUUGAAUUAUUAUUUAUAUAAACAUAAAUGUGUUGAUAGCCCUGACUGCACUUGUUCUCAAGGUGUACAAAAUAUAGAGCACUAUCUCCUCAAAUGCAGGCUGUACCGGUCUGAACGUACUGACUUACUGACUAACUUGAAUUUUUUGACAAAUAUUAGUGUGGAUGUUUUAUUGUUAAAUGCUGGAACUUUUGAUGAUAGUGCACAGCAAAUUCUUAAUGAGGUCAGUAUUUAUAUUGAAAAAGCACAGCGUUUUAUACAAUCAAAAUAA